CUGACGUCACUGCGCAUGCCUGCCUGUGACCGGACGCUCGGCAAUGACGUCAGGCCCCUGCGGGACGGCGCUCUCCGGAGCGCCAUGCUGGGCGCGGCAGGCGCGGGGCUCGUGCGGGGCCUGCGGACAGGGACGCAGGUUUGGCUGUGGAGCUCGCGCGGCCGCUCCCUCACCUUGCCGCACGCGGCCCGUGGGCUCCACGCGAGAGACUGGCGGCCCUCAGCCGGGCGGGGGCCGCUCGGGCGGCGGCCGAGCCUGCCUGCGGCAGCGAUCGUGAACUCGGCGCCCCGCCCUCUGCAGCCCUACCUGCGCCUCAUGCGGUUGGACAAGCCCAUAGGAACCUGGCUACUGUAUCUGCCAUGUACUUGGAGCAUUGGUCUGGCAGCUGAACCAGGUUGUUUUCCAGAUUGGUACAUGUUAUCCCUCUUUGGCACUGGAGCUGUUCUGAUGCGUGGAGCAGGCUGUACUAUUAAUGACAUGUGGGACCAGGACUACGAUAAAAAGUUUACAAGAACAGCAAGUCGCCCAAUAGCUGCUGGAGACAUUUCAACUUUUCAAUCCUUUGUUUUUCUUGGGGGACAGCUGACCUUGGCACUGGCUGUUCUUCUGUGUCUGAAUUACUACAGUAUAGCUCUUGGAGCAGCAUCUCUACUUCUUGUCAUCACCUACCCGCUAAUGAAGAGAAUUACAUACUGGCCUCAAUUAGCCUUGGGGUUGACUUUUAAUUGGGGAGCAUUACUUGGAUGGUCUGCUGUCAAGGGCUCCUGUGAUCCAUCUGUUUGCCUUCCUCUUUAUUUUUCUGGAAUUAUGUGGACUCUAAUAUACGAUACUAUCUAUGCUCAUCAGGACAAGAGAGAUGAUGCUCUGAUCGGGCUUAAGUCCAUGGCACUGCUGUUCCGUGAAGAUACCAAGCAGUGGCUCAGUGGCUUCACUGUGGCGAUGCUGGGGGCACUGAGCCUGGUGGGAGUGAACAUCGGUCAAACUGUGCCCUACUACACUGCUCUGGCUGCUGUAGGAGCCCAUCUGGCUCACCAGAUUUACACUCUGGACAUCCACAGACCUGAGGAUUGUUGGGAUAAAUUCACCUCCAACCGAACAAUAAGACUAAUAAUUUUUUUAGGAAUUGUCCUUGGGAAUUUGUGGAAAGAAAAGGAGACAGAUAAAACAAAGAAAAAUAUAGAUAAUAGAAUAGAAAAUUAGCAAAUUAAGUUUAUCUGGGGAUUUUUAAAACAAACUUUUACAAAAUACUCUCAGGUCUUAUUACCACAUAACUAGAUUUGAAUAACAGUCUUACAAUAUGUUAAUGAAUUACAAACCAGUAGAUGAAGUUUUAGAGAUUUUUGCCUGGAUUUUAUUUCAACUAUGUACUAGUCAAAUUCUUCCCUGUCACGGAAACCAGGAACUCUUCAGAAUUUGCGAUCACCUGGAGUAUUUAAGUUAUAACUCUCAUCUGCAGUUACAGGAAUUAUAUGAGUUUUGGCACUUUAGAAAAAAACUUGAUGUGUGUCUCAUCUAAAUGACUGUCUCUAUAGGAAAAUGGACUCUCUUUUUAGGGCAAAAUAAAGGCUGCUACAGGAAGUUGAGGCUUAUUGUUCUUUGCGUUGACCUUUACUUACUGCCGAAAGCUGUAAUUCAGGAAACCGUUCUGUUUUUUAUAUUUUAGGAGAAUUUAAAUCAGUAAAUAAAAUUUUUUACCUGUUAUACCCGUACAUACUGCUGUUUGUUACCAACCCUGACAUUUAUUUGACAGGUCUCUGUAUAUAACCAUAGUGACCAGAAUGGGCAGGCAGUCACUAAUGAUGAUUUUAAUUUCUAUUUAUUUAUUUUUUAUCUCAGGUGAUUGUAAUUGAUAGGAUAGUGGUAUAUUGGUUAGGUGUAGUAACUGUUUCUUUCCUUACCCCCAUCAGAAUAUUCUCAACACAGCAGCCACAAUGAUUUUCUUAAAACCUCUGUAAGGUCAUGUCAUUCUUCUUCUCAGAACCCUCCAGGAUCUUCCCAGGUCACUCAGUACAAACUAAAAGCCUUGUCACCUGCUAGGCCCACCAUGAUCUGGCCUUGUCUGUGGCUCCUCCACUCACACCCCUCUGCAGCCCUGCUGGCCUCCGCACUGCGCCUCAGCAGGCUGGACAGACUUGACCAAGGGCCUUUACACGUACAAUUUCCUUUGCCUACAGUGCUCUCCUUGAAUUAUGUCUUAGUCCUUCACUGCAGGUCUUUUCCUAAAUGUCACCUUCUCAAAGAGGCUUUCUUAGUCCUUUCUAAAAUUUCAUUUACAGGGGCUUCCCCGGUGGUGCAGUGGUUAAGAAUCCGCCUGCCAAUGCAGGGGACACGGGUUCCAGCUCUGGUCCAGGAGGAUCCCACACAGUGCAGGGCAACUAAGCCCAUGCGCCACAACUACUGAGCCUGCGCUCCAGAGCCCGCGAGCCACAACUAUUGAGCCUGUGCUCUAGAGCCCGCGAGCCACAACUACUGAGCCUGUGCUCUAGAGCCCACGAGCCACAACUACUGAAGCCCGUGCGCCUAGAGCCCGUGCUCCGCAACAAGAGAAGCCCCUGCAAUGAGAAGCCCGCGCACCGUCACGGAGAGUAGCUCCCGCUCGCCGCAACUAGAGAAAGCCCGCGUGCAGCAACAAAGACCAAACGCGGCAAAAAAUAAAAUAUAUUUUAAAAAAUUCAUUUACAGAUACUACCUACAC